GGAUGCAUGCCCAGCUUCGAGAUGCUCUACCUGCUUCCUUCAUGGCUUUGCCGACACGCUUCCCUUUCUCGCUCGCUCAACUAUCCGCCGGUGGAGUAACGUAGGACGUAGCUUUCGUUUAGUUAGGAGUUGGACCUCCGUUCAUCAUUCGAGCACACGAGGCUCGUUUUCCAAGCAUAUGGUUUUGGACCAUGGGAGGGGGAUGAGUGAACUGCCAUGACGUCGGUUCCCGGUGUGGUGUGGUAGGCCAUCGAACUCCAAGCCUUUUUGGAAUUAAAUGACCAAGAAAAAGGAGUGAAUGCGUUUGGACGAGGAAGACGAGUUGAAAUCUAAUUCUGCUUAGAGAUUGAUCGUGGAAGGUUGUGGCUCCAGGAAUUGACACCGGUGUCGACAAGAUAUAUCAAGCGGGCAUCUUUAUUUAUGUCCUUGCGAAUUUUCCUCUAUUUAUAUCCUCGCUAUAGAUAGAGAUAAGAAUGAUGGAGAUAACGCACGUGGAAAUAUAUUUUGGGUAGGUCAUAAAUAUCCCGGUUUGCUUGGUUGGGUGGCCAUUUGUUGCGCCUCCGCGCAACCUCUUCUCCGUUCUCCCCGCGAAUCCCCGGCCCAACAAAACCCGCUAUCGAUGCCAUCCUCCUUCACUUCGCACCACUCCCUCCCUCUCGCUUCCCGAUGGCAUCGACGUCCUCCUCCUCCCUCCUCUCCCUUUCUUCCAUCAUCCACACCUGAAGCGACGCAGGCACACGUACCUGCCUCCGUUCCCGCGUGUCCUCCACCUCGUCAGUACUCUUCCUCUUUUGACCGCCCAUGGAGUCUUUGUGCGACUUCUGUAGCGCCCAGCGUGGCCUCGUUUACUGUAACUCCGACGCAGCCCGCCUAUGCUUCCCCUGCGACGCGUUCAUCCACUCCGCCAACGCCAUCUCCCGCCGCCACCUCCGCGCCCUCAUCUGCGACCUCUGCCUCGCCCGGCCCGCCUCCGUUCGAUGCCUAGACGACCGCAUUUCCUUCUGCCAGUCCUGCGACUUGGCCGGUCCUGAGGCCGGAGGCUGCGGCCCCGGCCACCGCCACCGACGCCUGAGCUGCUACUCCGGUUGCCCCUCCCCGCACGAGCUAUCCGCAAUGUGGUCCUCACUGCUGGACCUCUCCGACAGCACUCUUCUUCCUCUUCGGAAAACGACGACGACGACCACCAACCAGAUUUGCGCUUCGCGCAAUAGCUUGGCGGUCGGGGAGGCUGCGAGCACGGUUGGAAGGGCUGGUGUGUUGGGGGUGACAAAGUUUCAUCCCCGUGUGGCUAUCGCUUCUUCUAUCUCGCCGAUUGUGUCACCUGAGUCCAGUGUGGUGCUUCCCUGUGGAUCAGAGCAACAGGGUUUCUUUCACAACGAGUGCAAUCCGCCAAAGAUGAGAUUUCCAGCUUCCAGUAAUCUUUGGACAUGUGAUAACGACGAGCUUUGCAAAGGUUUCAGCACCGGCAUGGCUGGCUUCCACUUUCAAGACGGAACAGAGGCACUCGGCUGCCCACAAAACAAUACUACAAGCCCAUUUCAUGAUACAGGAUCGGAUGACUUCAUCACGGACAAGAAUUUAAGUGGUCACAUUGAAAGCGCAUUAAUCGAGACCUCACCUACAGUCCAACAUGAUUGCAUGACUCUUCGGUCACCUGACACAUUUCAACUCGCCAAUGCUGGGCAGCCAGUGAACGGCAAUAGCAACAGAAGCGACAACCCAAUUUUACACACCGGAAAUAUCUGCCCAACUAUUUCUCUUUCUCUGUCAAACCUCACUGGAGAAAGCAGUGCUGAUGAUCACGAGGAGUGUGGGGUAUCUCCCAUGUUCCUCACAGGUGAGUCAACAUGGGAUUCUAAUCCGGAACCCGGACAUCUGCAUCUGCAGGAGAGGAACGAAGCAAAGAUGACAUACAACGAGAAGAAUAGAAGUCGAACGUUUGGGAAAUCAAUUACGUAUGCUUCACGUAAAGUUAAAGAUGAUACGAGAAAGCGCAUGAAAGGCGGGUUUGUAAAAGCUGAUGAAACUUGUGACUUCGAUCCUUGUCGAGCAGGAAGCAGCUGAAUCGGAUCAAGGGCAUCAUUUGUUUCACAGCUUGUAUUCAGAUCAGGUACUGUAAAUUUGUGUUCUUCCUGCAUGGAGUUUCAGUGAUGGUCUUUUCCUGGUUAAUUUUGAUGGUACGGACAAAAACCAAAGACACUUGUUCAUGAAGAAUGUAGUAUUACCUCCAUUCAUCAGUCACAUAACCGAUGGAUCUUACAAAGACAUAACACAUAUAUCAUUUUAUGUAUGCAGGACCGUAUAGUAGGAUUGGUGCGUCUACAACCUUCUCGAGGUUAUUAUUCUUGGGAGUUGUUUGCAGACAGGAUAAUUUUUUUUUUUUUCUUUCUUUUGUGUUUGUUUGAUUUUGUUUCCAUUCUUUGAACUCCAAAGAGUUCCAAAAUGUAUUGUUCCGAAAGGGGUCAAUCGAGAAUAAGUCUGCGUUUCAAUCACUCGCUGCCAGUUUGAUUAAGAGUUCUCAUGUCAAGCUUAAUCAUUACAUCAGCAUAUUAUAUGUAUUUUGUUUCCUUCGUUUACAAAUCUGAAUGCAAAUAAUGCAACCGAAGAACUGAAUAGAAUACACCAGGACAAGAAACUAUGAAUGCACAGUGACGAUCGAUUCAUGCUCUAAGCAUAGCUGCACAUCCCGUACUGGCAGAAGCUACCCUUCUUGCACCGCUUCUUGCAGCCACCGCAGUUCUUGGGGUCGUACAUCACGUUGACGCAGCGGCCGCCGCAG